AUGGCUCAGUCUGCAGUAAAUGGGGUUGCUCUGAUCGGAGCGGGGAUCUAUCCUAAAGAAGCAUACCUCCCAGCUCUGCACAAAACCAAAGCCACCCUGGUGGCCAUCUAUUCCCGGUCCCUCAAGUCAGCGUCCGAGUGUCUGGCAGAGGCGAGGAAGUUCGACGGUCUCUGUGCAGAGAAUAUUGCUGCCUAUCACGAUGGAUCUCCUUCGAACGGAGGGCUGGACCAGCUCCUGCAGCGAGACGACGUGACCUCUGUCAUUGUUGCGCUGCCAACUACCGUGCAGCCGGCGGUCGUUCUGAAGUGUCUGGCCGCUGGCAAGCACGUAUUAAUGGAGAAACCGAUCGCCAAAGACGUCAAAGACGCUGUAGCGCUCAUUGCCGAAUAUGAAUCGCAAUUCCAAAGUCAGAAGCUCAUCCUCGCAGUCGCAGAGCAGUUUCGCUUCGACCUCGCGCAUGAAAAGGCCCGUCAGAUCGUGUCCGACGGCACCAUCGGCGAGCUGGUCGCUGCUCACGCCAGGAUCUGGAGCAACAUGCAGCCGGGCAACAAGUGGUAUGAGACGGAAUGGCGCAAGGUCCCCGACUACCAAGGCGGGUUCCUUCUCGACGGUGGCGUGCACUUCAUCGCCUUGCUCCGAUAUGUCUCCUCCGACGAAAUCGAGGAGACAGCCAGCUUUGCAAGGCAGACGUACGACCAUCUGCCUCCGCUCGACACUGUGCAAGGCGCGCUGCGGUUUAAGUCUGGCGCGCUGGGCACAAUAAGCAUGUCAUGGGCAUCCGUCAAAGGCGAAUAUAGUUACAAUUUCAUUGGGACGAAGGGAAGUCUGACCAUUACUGGCGCAGAUGGAGGAACCAAACUUGUGGUAGAAGACGAACAAGGAAAAGUUGUUUCGGAGGAGAUCAUCGCCGGCGAAGGGACGGCCCAGGAGUUUUUGGGAUUUUUCGAGGCCAUCAAGCGUGGUCAAGGCGAUGAACGGGCGUCGCCUCGUCAAGCACUGGCCGAUGUGGCCGUGGUGGAAAGCCUCCUCAAUGGUGGUGGAAAGGUUCAAUUAUAUAAAUAG